AUGUCUCAAACCAAAGGACCACAUCUUGAAGGUGAGGACAAAUACGAGGCGCCACCUGUUCUAUAUAAAGUCCUGGAUACUCUCCCACAGUUCCUCGCCCAACAGAUCCUGCAGCCAAGCUAUGGUGGCUAUGGUGGCUAUGGUGGCUAUGGCAGCUAUGGUUGCUAUGGUGGCUAUGGCGGUUAUGGUGGCUAUGGUGGCUAUGGCGCCUAUGGCAGCUUUGGCGGCUAUGGCAGCUAUGGUGACUAUGGGGGUUAUCGCAGCUAUGGUGGUUAUGGCAGCUAUGGUGGCUAUGGCGGCUAUGGUGGCAGCUGUGGCGGCUUCUAUGGCAACUUUGGCGACUAUGGCAGCUAUGGUGACUAUGGGGGUUAUCGCAGCUACUUGGUGGCUAUGGCAGCUAUGGUGGCUAUGGUGGCUAUGGAGGCUAUGGCGACUCUGGUGGCUAUGGUGGCUAUGGUGGUUAUGUCGAAUAUGGUGGCUAUAGUAACUAUGGUGGUUAUGGCUGCUAUGGUGGCUAUGGCAGCUAUGGUGGCUAUGGCAGCUAUAAUGGCUAUGGCAGCUAUGGUGGGUGUAAUUGGCUAUUGCGGCUAUGGCGGCUAUGGUGGCUAUGACAGCUAUCGUGGCUAUGGCUAUAGUGGCUAUGCCAGCUAUGGCAGCUAUGGUGGCUAUGGCAGCUAUAAUGGCUAUGGCAGCUAUGGUGGCUAUGGCAGCUAUAAUGGCUUUAGCAGCUAUGGUGGCUAUAGCAGCUAUAAUAGCUAUGGCAGCUAUGAGUGGCUAUGGCAGCUAUAA